AUGCCCCACGAAUUGACGAAGAUCGUGUACAGGGCCUCGCCCGAGUCCACGGAGGACUUUAUGAUCAUUGUGAACCCCGAAGAGUACAAGCGGUGGAAGGAGGGAGGUGAGUCGAUCGCGCCUACGCGGUCCAACGCUACCACUGACGCUCUUUGCCCGUCCACAGACACCACGAUCCCAUUAGCCGAGGUAGUCGACUCGUUUGAGGUGUUUUGGUCGAACCAGGGAUCGCAAGGGAUCCUAGGCCGGCCGUCGAAGCAGCAGCUGGAGAAUGUGUUCGGAUCUUCGAAGGAUGUGGACGUCGUGAAGGCGAUCCUAGAGAAGGGCAGGGAGGAGGCCGGGAAGGGCUUCAGGUCGUCUGGGAACCCGAACGUGGCCAAGGGCUCGUUCACGAUCGACACGAAGGGCAAGUCGACCUCAGGUAUCUAA